GCAGGAAAGCAUCGUUUUUGAUUGACAGGCAGUCUGUCCAAUCAGAGAUUCGGAAACGUUGACACUACCGCAAUGGGCGGGGCUUCGCAUCACACGAAUGGAGGCGACCAGCGGGCAAACGUUUCAUUUCACUCAAUGGAACGUGAUCUCCAACGGACACUUUUUCAAAUUUCCGCAUUUCCACGCUACGGACGUUGACGCGGCGCUGACGGGGGGGAACAAAGAGGCACGCGCCUAGGAGAGACGACGGGGCGAUGACCACGCGAGGGAUCGUCCAACGAGAGUAAAUGAGAGAGGUGUGCUCUGCAUUGAUUGGACCCAGCACUGAAGUUUCAGAUCAACACAUCAUCACCUGUCAGUCAUCAUCUUUCAUGAUACACUUGCAGCCUACAUAAGACAAAACACUCAUUUUAGUACCAGCAUGGCCGAGCAUGAGCAUGCAGCAGCAGCAGCAGCAGGAGGAGGAGGAAGAGGCGGAGGGUGUGUAUGUGGAGCACCAGUACAUGUGCAGCGAGUGCCACCAGCUCUUCAACACCCUGGAGGACGUGCUGAUCCAUCAGCAGAUCCACACCGGCCAGGAGGUGGAAGGCGAGGCGGGGGAGGUCAUGACCAUCCAGGGUCUCGCGGAGAUGGGGCAAACCCAGCAGUACCAGUGUCUGGAGUGUGGGGCGCUCCUCAUGAACCCUGAGGAGCUGCUGCAGCACCAGGAGAUGCACAUGAGAGAGGCGGGGAUGGAGGUGGGGCAUCAAGAGCUGUGUGAGGUUCUGGAGACAGAGGAAGGGUCUGAGGAUCAGAUGUCUGGACCCAUUCAGUACCAGUGUCUAGACUGCCUGGCUCUGUUUGACUCACCUGAGACCUGGCUGGAGCACCGGCGGACCCACAGUAGGAGCAGCACACACAGCAACACAGAGACCGUGGAGUAUGUGCUGCAGCCGGACGGCACCAUCACUCCACUGAACAACAUGCAGAACUACGUACUGAGUGAGCAGCAGGCUGGAGAGAUCCUGGCCCAGGUACUCGCUCAGCAGCAGCAGCAGCAGCAGCAACAGCAGCAGCAACAACAACAACAACAGCAACAACAGCAACAGAAGAAACGUCAGUCCGGCUCCAAACCUGCUGCAUCCUCCCGUUCCGCCCUGAUGCCUCCGGUGACGGCCAUCCCCGGCUCUGCCACCAUGCACCUGCAGAUUCUCACGGCUCAAGCUCUGGCGGACAACUCCACCUCCCCCGGGCAACGCCGCUCCAAGCUGCCCCCUCUGUUGCCUGCAGUGGGCCGAGGCUCUUCUGGAAAGCUGGGGGUCCUGGAGAACGGGGACCAGAGACUGGAGUUAAGGUUUGCCUCCAGUGUCCAGGAUGACACCCAGCAGCAGCAGCAGCCAACAGAGGUGGUGGUCAUCCACCCGUAUGAGUGCUCAGAAUGCUCCCUUCUCUUCCAGACCCCAGAGGACUUCCUCCAGCACCAGGGAGAGCACUUCCUGGGUCAGGACAAGGAGAGCGGAGAGCCAGGAGUCAUGAGUGGCUUCGAGGAGGCGCGAGGGAGGGAGGAGGCAACAGAGAAGGUGGAGGACGUUAGGAUUAGGGUAGUGGAGAAGAAGGCAGCGGUCUGGGCCAAGUCCCAACAGUGCGAGCUCUGCAGUCGCACCUUCACCUCCGUCAACCGGCUGGCUGCUCACAAACGCGUGCACGAGCAGGGAACGCACGAAUGUCCGGAGUGCGGCAAGGUGUUCAAGAAGGCGACGUCACUGCAGACGCACAUGCGCACACACUCGGGCGUGGCCAGGUACUUGUGUGUGGACUGUGGCAAUGGCUUCACCACUGAGAUGACCCUUAUCAUGCACAGGAAGUCCCACAUUGCAGAUCCUCUUCACAAGUGUCAGUUCUGCAACAAAACCUUCACCAACAUGACCAAGUACCUCUACCACCGUAGAACCCACCUCAACCGCGAUACCUCUGGCACACGCCCCGUCUCCAUGGCCUCAGCUCCAAUAAGAGCAUCUCUCUCUGCACUCGCCAUCCUGCAGAGAGCAAGAGAGAAGAAUUCUCUCGCUGACGAGGCAAAGAGCAACCUGCUGGCCCCUCUCUCAGAGGACGAGAUGGAAAAAAUGGGGGACGACCCAACGCAAAGUUCUCAGAGCAAAGUGGUAGGAGGUGAAGUGGAGAAGCAAGUGGAGGACAACAACAUGGAGGUGACUGCCCCACCUGAAGACAACACCAAUGACCCCCAGCAGGUGGAGGACGCCACCAAGCCUGACUUGGCUACAGACCCCGCUCCCCAGGAUGACGCUGGUGUUUCGGUCACAGCUGAAGCUGCCUCAGCUGCCUCAGCUGCACCACCCGACAAAGGGCCUUUUUCCUGUCGUUCGUGCUCUAAGACAUUCUCCUCCCAGCUGCAGCUCGUUCACCAUCGACGCAAGUCCCACGUCACGGAGCGCAGCUUCGUUUGCGGCAUCUGUGGCAAGUCUUUUAAGAAGCAGAUCCACGUGCGCAACCACAUCCGCAUCCAUACCGGGGAGCGGCCCUUCCAGUGCGCCGACUGCGGCAAAACCUUCUCAUCUCUUGCCAAUCUGAUGAGGCAUAAUCUCAUCCACUCUGGUGUGCGGCCGUACCGCUGCGAUGUCUGCCACCGCUCCUUUUCACAGUCCUCCAACCUCCGUCAGCACAGCCUGCUGCACGCCAACGCCGCCACUCUGAGCUGCCCGGACUGCCCUGCCACCUUUCGCUGGCCCACCAAGUUGGCAGCACAUCGCUACACUCAACACCCGGGGGCCCCGGCCCCUUUCCCGUGUCCCCACUGUGAGGCCGGCUUCCUGACCAGGAGACAACGAGACAGCCACUUUCUGGAGCAGCACCCAACGCUGGUUCAGGCUGAUAAGGGGACUGAAACCGACAACCAAGCAGAGUUGGGCAAAGAUCUGACCUCAGUGCCGUCCACCUCAACCACAGCAGAGACAGAAGCCAGUCUCGUGCGGGGGGGUCUAGACUGUAAUAUUUGCGGGAAGAAGCUCAAUUCUCCCGCCAAUCUGCGUCUCCACAGACUGAGCCACUUCGCCUUAGGCCCUGGGCGGCCGCGGUGCACCACCGGUAAACGGCCCAAAGCGCACCAGUGUCUUAUCUGUGGCAAACUGUUUGUGUCUUCCUCCGGAGUCGCACUUCACCAGCGAGUCCACACCGGUGAGCGCCCGUUUCCUUGCCAAGUGUGUGGCAAGCGCUUCCGUCAGAACACACACCUGCGGGAGCACCUGCGCACGCACUCGGGCGAGCGGCCGUUUCGCUGUGAGGUGUGUGGAAAGGGUUUCAUCCAGAGCAUGCACCUGGCCGAGCACCGUCGAACGCACACAGGCGAACGGCCGCAUGUGUGUCCGCAGUGUGGCAAAGCCUUCAAGACCUUCUCCAACCUGAGGAACCACAAAAAGACCCACGCCAGGCAGCAGAGGCUGGACGAAGAGGCUGCCGUCCAAGUCGCCAUGGAGACCAGCUCGGCUGUGGCAGUGGACGCUUCGGUGGUGGAACUAGCUAACGGGCAGCCUCAGCUCAUCCAGAUCCAAACCUCAGAUCUUCAGCAGACGCAGGGCACGCCCACUAUCAUGUGUAAUGAGUUUGGGGAGACCAUAGCCAUCAUUGAGACCAGUGAGGGAGGAGCGCUGCCUCUGGAGCAGGCCUUGGAGAUCUAUCACACAGCUUUGGAGAACGGCCUCGCCAUGGAGACAGUCGCUAUGGACGGACUGCAGCUGCUCUGAGAACGAGUUUAAGUGGACAGAAAUAAUAGACUUUAUUCUUCCAAAUUGAUGAGUUCAGUAUUCAUCUUAAUACUGACUAACAAAGAAUAAUUGACUACUGAGAGGUUGAGUAUCUCGUCCAGACUUACUGGAGCCAGAUAAUUAUGUACUGGACAAAAUGAAUAUGAAGUUCAGCAGUCAGACCAAAGUAAUUCAUCCUCCAUCUUUUACAAAGCUAUGAGAGAAAUCAGUAUUAAAGUUUAUUGAAAUAUUGCAUAUUAAAUUAAGGAUAUUGCAUCAGUGAUGAAUAAGGACUAAUGGUUGUGCCUCAGAUGACAUUUGUAUGAUUCAUUUUAUCAUUUAUAUGAAAUUGAUGUGAUUUUUCUUCUGUUUAGUGGUUUAGUUGUGUUGUUGUAAAAAGGUGAAAUCAAUAAAUGUUUUUUCAAGGUGAUACACAUUUUGUGACCCA